UUGAGCCUUCCGAGAAAAUUGACCUGCUGACUGUCAUGAUCUGAAGCUUUGCGCGCAUAAUGCUCACACCCUCCGCGCGGUGAACCGGUCGGGGGUCAACGAAGGCCAACCACAGGCUUCGGAGGGGGCAAGGAGUCCCGCAGUGGUCAGUCAUGGUGGUGGAGGGGGACAGGACGCUGCUGGCCGCCAGGCAGGGCGACCUGCAGACCCUCAAAGUGCAAUUAGAGACCAAGGAGCUCACCGGGGACGUCAAGGACGCGCUGGGGGCUUCUCCCGUCCACCACGCGGCCCGGGCGGGCAAGCUGAGCUGUCUGCGCUUCCUGGUGGAGGAGGCAGGCCUGCGGGGAAACUGCCUGGCGAACAACGGGGCCAGUCCGGCGCAUGACGCAGCGGCCACCGGCAACCUGGCCUGCUUACAGUGGCUGCUGACCCAGGGAGGAUGCCGGCCGGAGGACAGGGACAGUUCUGGUGCCACCGUCCUUCACCUCGCGUCCCGCUUCAGCCACCACGAGAUCACCGAGUGGCUGCUGAAGAGCGGCGAGGGGGACCCCGGGGCCACCACCGACACGGGGGCCCUGCCCGUUCACUACGCUGCUGCCAAGGGAGACUUAGCGUCCCUCCGACUGCUGCUGGGCCACAGCCCAAAUGUUGUUAAUUCCCAAACUAAGAAUGGUGCCACACCGCUCUACCUGGCGUGCCAGGAGGGUCAUCUGGAGGUCGUCCAAUACCUGGUCAAGGAUUGCGGGGCGGAUCCGAGCAUCAGAGCCAAUGACGGGAUGACACCGCUGCAUGCUGCUGCCCAAAUGGGCCACAACACUGUCAUCGUCUGGCUGAUGAGCUUCACAGAGGUCAGCCUGACAGACCGGGACGGCGAUGGAGCCACAGCGAUGCACUUUGCAGCCAGUCGCGGUCACGCAAAGGUGCUCAGCUGGCUGCUGCUGCACGGGGGCGAGAUCGUCACUGACAACUGGGGAGGGACCCCGCUCCACGACGCUGCGGAAAAUGGUGAACUGGAGUGCUGUCAGAUCCUCGUGGUGAACGGCGUGGAUCUGGGCAUAAAGGACCAGGACAGCUUCACAGCAGCAGACCUGGCCGAAUACAACGGCCACUCCCAGUGUGCCAAGUACCUGCGCACUGUGGAGAACAUGAGCGUGGAGCACCGCGUUUUGUCUCGGGACCCUUCGACCGACCUGGAGUACAAGCAGCCGGACUCGGGCCUCUCCUCCCCGAACACCACCAUGCCCCCGGCCGGCCAGGCGCCGCACUUCGACAUCGGCUCCCCGUCCAGCUCGCUGUCCAACUACGACUCAGCCAACUCCAGCCAGUCCAGCACGGGGGAGAAGAGGAGCAGCUUAACAGCGUCACGAGGGCCUCCUGCUCAGCUGACCACGGUGGCACACGCAGGUGCGUCAGAGUCGGCCAUCUCGGACAUGCAGGCCUACAUGGACAUGCUGAACCCCGACAUCGCCUCUGACGGGCCCAAAAAGAGCGAGACGUCCAACAAUCCCCCCUCCACUCCGCCGCCGCCGCCACCCGCCUACCCACCUCCGCCUCCCCCGCAGUGUCCCCCGAUGCCCCCGCCGCCGCCCACCUACCCGGCGCCGCUGCCCCCGCAGGAGCCGCUGCCGGCCGAGUUCCUGAAGGUUAAGAGCAACCUGAGGCACGUGGAGAAAAGCAGCAGGAAGGAGUUGACUCCGGGCGAACAUCACGACAAAUUACGCCGCGUGGAUUCAAACCGGAAGUCGAGGAGCUUCAGCAAGCAGCCCAGCACUGGGGACUACUACAAAACGCUGGGCAGCGACACGGCCGAGCCCCACGGCAGCAAAAACAUGGCACCCAAUGAAGAGGGUUCGGUGUUGUUGGAGGAAUCGAGCGACAGCCCCGCUCACCCUGCUGAGAACGGCACCACAGAGGAAUCGGUCCUGCAGCCGCCGCCGCCUCCUCCGCCUCCUCUUCCCCCGAGCAAUCCGAUGCCAACGCUCCCCCCGCCUCCUCCACUGCCUUCGGAGACUCAGACCACCCAGAACAACGCCAGCAGCACCUCCACCAGUCAGAGACGUCCGUCUUCCUCAUCAGGAAGCACAAAAUCUUUCAACAUGAUGUCCCCCACUGGCGACAACUCAGAGCUGCUGGCAGAGAUCAAAGCGGGGAAGAGCCUCAAGCCCACACCUCACAGUAAAGGCUACACCACUGUCUUCUCCAACAGCGGACCCACAGGCAGUAAUGAAAACGCUCCAUCUCCAGAGAACCAGUCCUCAAGCCCACCAGCCAACCCGUCAUCCCCUCCCGCAGCCUGCAAUGCGUCCGUCACCUCCCCGCCCAUCACCCCGAGCCCCAGCCCCAGUCCCACCGGCUCCGGGUCGGCCAGGACCAUGUCCACCUCGGCAAGUAAUGAGCAACUGUGCUCCAACUCUGUGAUUAAUGGGAACAACGGCGGCGGGCCGAGGGUGGAGCCGGGGAGGAAGACGAGCCUGGGGGACGUGGAGGGGCUCGUGCCCACUCACGACGAGCAGGGCAAAGCCAUCCCCGAGUGGAAGAGGCAGGUGAUGGUGCGCAAGCUUCAGCUCAAGAUGCAAGAGGAGGAGGAGCACAAGCGCAAGGCUGAAGAGGAGGCAGCGCGGCUGGCAUCGAUGCCGGCCUGGAGGAGAGACAUGAUGAAGAAGAAGAUGGACGAAGAGAGAUGUGACAGGGAGCAAAAAAGAAAAGCCGAGGAACAGGCCAAACAGGCGAAGGAGAUCGAGGAGAAGACGGAGCUGGAGCGUCUCCGGACCCUGGGCUACGACGAGACCAAACUGGCGCCCUGGCAGCGGCAGAUCAUCCUGAAGAAAGGAGAUGUGGCCAAACAGUGAAGCGGACCGUCUCCCCCCUGCUCCCUGGAGCCAGGCUCCCCUGAACUGUGUCCCUCUGCAGACCCACUGCUGUCCGCCGGGGGCCGAAACGCAGCGGAGUGAUCCUCCGUCUCCUCUUGGACGUCUGAUGGACACAAACUUUUUUUGCUCUUUUAGCGUUAUCGCAGUUCCGACAUGCACUGACUUUCCUGGCUUGAACGCACGUGUCCUCAGCUGAACUACCGUAGCGUCUACCUGCUGUUCUGCUAAUCACUAGAAGAAACGUCCAGUAGAAUACUUCAGAGGCACGUGAUAGAUUUGAAGAGGCUUCUUGUGGGCGUUGUGGCCAUUUUUUUUGGGGGGGAAGCCUAUUGACAAGUUAAUUUCUGUCUUUUUAGCCUCCUGUUAGCCUCACUUACCAAGAUGUAAUGAAUGGAGGCGUAGCUCCAACAGCGGACACAGAAAUACUCAGCUACGAUGUUUAUUGCAGCAUGAAGCAGCUAAUGCAUGUUAUUUGUAGCUAGUAUCACUUCUUUCUCAUGACUUAGGAAAGACAUACUCACAUCAAAAUCGUAGAAGCGUUUUCUAGACCUCAUUUAGCUGCCAGAGAUGUAAAGAAUCAAAGAGGAGCUCUGCUCAAACUAACCUGUUUCUGUAGUUUUCAUCAUUUCCAUGUGGAUUCCUCACUCAACAGCCUGCUUUAAGAAGUUCAAAGAUUAUUUAGAUUGAAUCAAAACCUGCAAAAGUUCCAGUUGAAUGUCAGUAUGGGAGAUAGAUGUUGAGCUCUUGUGAGGUAGAUAUGAUCCAUGGUGGACUGUCAUGUUGGGGUCCCAGACAAGUUCAGCAUCGGCGGGGGAAAUCUGGGAUACGUUCUUUCUGUACAUUUCCGAGAAGGAAUUACACUUACAUGACUGAGUUAAUUGGACGUAACAUUUGAAUUGUUUUUUCGUUACUUGCUUCACCAUAGAUUUAUUGGUUACAUCGGUUGCUGUCUGUAAAGUAAACACCACAUAAUUCAAAUGAUCUAACUAAUGAACAAGCGAUCAUGUUUUCUAACUCGCCUCAGCCGUUACCAACAAUAUCUCGUAUCUUCAAAAACUUAUGGAGUUAAUGUUACUUUGCUCUUGUUGCAGUUUGAGAGCCGAACAUUCAGAGAAGCUUCGACGAUAUUCACAAUGAUAUAACAAGGAUUAUAUGAGAUAAAGUGACUUGUGCUGCCACAACUGAAAAAAAGCUAUUAAAACGCAGAUAAGACAAAACUCUGUUGGGAAAAUCAGAGAAAAAAACAAUAAUAAAAACCCAUAAAAACUUAAGCACAUAUGAAUAUUGAAAAAAGAUGUACAAAACAUGCUAUUUCUUAAUGAGAAAAGCUGUUUUUGUGUUGGUACGUGCCACAUUAUUUAAACUAAAAUCCUCCCGUCUGUAUUAAAGGAACUCAAAUUCUGUGUAACAGGUGAGAAAUAUCUUCUGAUAAUCAGAUUCCUUUCCCAUCUCACUAUCUGCAUUCAGCCAAAAAUCACCACAAGUCAGGAGAAACAGCGUGAGAGAUGAGGCGCUCUCAUCCUCUCACACUUUGACAGCCCUGCUGGAGACCGUUUCCUCUUAGAAGACAGUAGAGAACACACACAUUAUUUCAGUAAAUCACACAUGGUGUCUAAAUGAGCACGGCCUUUUUCUAAAAGUCAAAAAUGCAUGCCCAUAUGAAGCUGGGAUUGACUCCAGCCCCCAUGUGACCCUGGAAAGAACAAGCGGCAAGGAAAAUGAAUGAAUGAAUGAAUGAAUGAAUGAAACAUGCAUGUGGGAAUAUCAGCAUCUUCCACCUGUGUGUUCUCAUGACUGAAUACUGCAAAAGAAGAGAGAAGACACAGGUUUGUCCUGUGUCUUGUUUCGGCCUUUGUCCCACUAACCUGGAUGGUAAAUAUUUGAUGAGAAGCUCUGCUUACAGAUGUUAGAGAGUUCUCUGUUCCUCAGAUGAUGCCAGCUGUUAUUUUUUAGCAACUUUCAGCGUCCAGUUCAAUCACUGAGAUACACCAGACUAAUACAAUGUACUGUAUUGAUCACUUUAGAUAAGAAAGUGUAUUAAUUUUUCUCAUCACUUUGGUCUAAAUAUUUCACUCUAGCUGCAGAUUUCCAGCUCUUUUGGGAUUUAAUCGUUAGUUGGGCAUAGUUUCAUAAGUUUUGCUGUCAGAAUGAAAAUGUGGCAAAUCUGGACGUUUUUAUCAGACCUGAGAGGACAUGCAGAUUUUGAAUUAAAAAUACCAGUGUAUUAUUCUGCACACUGGAAUUUAAUUGUGACUUCAGCUCGCAAUCUUGCUCUCUCUCCAAGAUGAUUUAUUGAUUCCCCCCCAGAAUGGAAAUUAUUCUGUGCUGACUGUGUUGGAUGUACAUUUUUACAAAUAUAGGCUCUCAAGCAUACACCGUGUCACCAUACUCGACAUGCGACUAUUGGAAAUACUCUAAUUCACUUUCAUCAGAUGCCAUAUGAUAUUGAAAUUGAACAUGAUGUAAAUGCCAUUGCCAUUUGAUUUUCUAUAUAUAAAUAAAUAUAAAUAUAUAUAUAUAUAUAUAUAUAUAUAAAACCUCUGUAUAUAGUGACCCUCAGAUUUUUGUCAUUUCAUUGUUUCCAUAUUGCAAUAUAUGUCUCAGCCUUGCUUGAAUAGGAUGUUGGCUAAAUCUUGUUAAAUUAUAUUUUCAGACUGUUAAAAUGAAGACAAUAAAUCUUUAAUCACAA